CCGCCAACAGCCCCUGCAAAUCCCCAAGUCACGCCAAUUCACCUCGUCAUGGCCCUCCCCGCUUACAAGACCUCCUUCUUGGAGUCCUCCAUCUCUGCCAAGGUCCUGACCUUCGGCACUUUCACCCUCAAGUCGGGCCGUCAUUCCCCAUACUUCUUCAACGCCGGUACCUUCCACACUGCUUCGCUCCUCUCCGCCCUUUCAACCGCCUACGCCCACACCAUCAUCACAUUCCUCGCUGAGAACCCUUCCAUCCCCAAGCCCGACGUGAUCUUCGGCCCCGCAUACAAAGGGAUCCCGCUCGCCUGCGCCACCCUGCUCGAGCUCCACCGCCUGCAGCCCGAAGCCUGGGCCGAGGUGUCCUACAGCUACAACCGCAAGGAGAAGAAGGACCACGGCGAGGGCGGCAGCAUCGUGGGUGCCGGCCUAAAGGGCAAGAACGUGCUGGUGAUUGACGACGUGAUCACCGCCGGCACGGCGAUGCGCGAGACCCUGGACCUGGUCGCCCAGGAAGGCGGCAAAGUGGUCGGCUUCGCCGUUGCGCUGGACCGCCAGGAGAAGAUGCCCGGCCCCAAGGACGCCAGCGGCGUGGAGGACGACGCGCCGCGCAUGAGCGCCAUGGGCCAGAUCCGCAAGGAGUACGGUGUGCCCACGACGAGCAUCGUCACCCUGGAUGAUCUGAUCCGGUUGAUGCAGGAGAAGGGAGCCGGCGAGGAUAUGCGCCGGUUGGAGGAGUACCGGGCUAAGUAUCGGGCUAGCGAUUAGAAAGGCGCUUCUUGGGUCAUGAAGGUACUUCUGAGGAAGGAAAGUAAAAGAUGUCUUGG